AGUCCCAAAAUCCAAAGCAGCCCAUUUCCGCAGAAUCAACAUUACAUUGUCUACUGUGCUGUGUUAUAUUUGGAUUUUUCUUGAUAUUAGUUCUCUGGUUCUUCUCAUGGCUGAAAUUGAUAACCCACCAAGUGGAGGAAAACGCACGCCGCCUAAAGACUUUGUAUGUCCCAUAACUAGUCACGUAUUUCAUGAUCCUGUGACUCUAGAGACUGGUCAGACUUACGAGCGUGAAGCAAUCCAAGAAUGGCUUGAUAGGGGAAAUUGUACGUGCCCAAUUACGCGCCAAAAGCUUCCCAGCACUCAACUGCCUAAAACAAAUUAUGUACUUAAACGUCUCAUAGCGAGUUGGCAAGAACAGAAUCCCAAUUCAGUUCCCGUCAAAACUGAAAACUCACAAGCAGAAAGAGAGCCAUUUUUGAACUCAAUGACGCAUUUGAUUUCUCCUAACAUUGAUGGCACAGUUAGUGAGCUGCGACAAGCCAUUACAAACCUUUGUAUGUCAGAAAUUUUAAAAGAGUCAGAAAUGGCGGUGCUACAAAUUGAGCGGUUCUGGCAGGAAUCAAAAAUGGAAGUCGAGAUUCAAACUAUGCUCUCGAAACCUCCGGUUAUUAAUGGGUUUGUGGAGAUCCUUCUCAAUUCUGUGGAUCUCCAAGUCUUGACUGCGACAGUUUCCCUCUUGUCCGAGCUUGGAUCAAGAGACCACACUGUGAUCCAGACACUAACCACAGUGGAUUCUGAUGUGGAAUGUGUUGUUGAUCUUUUCAAGAAGGGUUUAUUUGAAUCUGUCGUGUUGAUUUACUUGCUAAGACCCUCCUCCACGAGCCUCAUUGAGAUGGAAAUGGUGGAGACCCUUUUGAUAGUAAUUAGAAAUAAAGAAGAUGAUACGCUCAAAAUGUGUAUGACGCCAAAAACAGCAGCAGUGAUUUUGUUGGGGCAAAUACUUGAAAGUGCUCAGGAAAUUAGUGAAAUUGUGAGGAGGGCUAUUACGACUAAGGCAAUUGAAAGUUUUGUCACGAGCUUGAAAUCCGAUUGGGUAGAGGAAAGGAUCACUGCGGUUGGUAUCUUAUUGAGGUGCAUGCUAACGGAAGGCAAGUGCAGGAAUGACAUUGCUGAUAAGGCUGAGUUGGGCCCUGUUCUGGAGAGCUUCAUGGGUGCAAAUGAUAGUGAGCGCUUUGAGAUAGUUCGAUUUUUUUCUGAAUUAGUUAAGCUGAAUAGAACAACGUUUAAUGAGCAGAUCCUCCAUAUCAUAAAGGAUGAAGGAACUUAUAGUACAAUGCACACACUCCUCAUGUAUCUACAGACAGCCCUCCAGGAUCAAUGUCCUAUCGUAGCUGGCCUCCUCCUCCGGCUUGACAUAUUGGAGGAGCCAAGGAAGAUGAGCAUAUACCGAGAAGAGGCAAUAGAUACCCUUAUUUCAUGCCUAAGAAAUUCAGACUUCCCUGCCACUCAAAUAGCAGCUGCUGAGACAAUUUUGGCCCUCCAAGGGCGGUUCUCUUCUUCUGGAAAGCCCGUUGCCCGGAUCUUUCUCCUUAAACGUGCAGGACUUGACAAAAGUUACAAAUCUUUAACGAGAAAGGAGCAGUUUAGGAACAUAUCAGGAGACAUUCCAGGAAAUUUGGAGGAGGAGAAGGCUGCUGAGGAGUGGGAAAGAAAGAUGGCAUUUGCUCUUGUCAGCCAUGAAUCUGGUCUGGUGUUUGAGGCUUUAGCAGUAGGCUUAAAGAGUAGAUAUGCAGAGUUAUGUUCAGCAUGCUUUGUGUCAGCCACGUGGCUUUUACAAAUGCUCAAUGUCCUUCCAGACACAGGCGUACGAGGAACAGCUCGUGUAUGCUUGCUCAAGCGCUUUUUAUCACUAUUCAAGUCUGCAAAGGACAAAGAAGAUAAAGUCCUUUCCAUGCUCGCUCUGAAUAGCUUCAUCCGUGAUGCUGAGGGGAUGGGUGAAAUUACUUCCCACCGGAAGGAUAUCUUAACGGGUCUGAGAGAGCUCAAGAAAUCGUCUACAAUGGCAUUUGAUAUGCUGAAAGUUUUCUCAGAAGGGAAUGACUCCAGUGCUGACCUGUGGAAUCAUAAAGAAUUAGUUCAAGAAGAUUGCAAUGUAAAUGGAAAAGUGCUGUCAGUAGUUUGCUUCAAAAACAAGAUAUUUUCUGGCCAUUCAGAUGGAACGAUAAAGGUGUGGACUGGUAGAGGAUGCAUUAUACCUCUUAUUCAAGAAACUCAAUUGCAUACCAAGGCAGUUACUAGCUUGGCAAUUCUACAGACACAAGAUAAGCUAUACAGUGGUUCACUUGACAGGACUGUAAGGGUCUGGUCUAUCAACAGUGAAGUAAUUCAUUGCACACAAGUUCAUGAAGUGAAGGAUCAAGUUAAUAAUCUACUAGUUGAUAAAAGCAUUUUGUGCUUCAUUCCACAAGGAGCUGGCAUCAAGGUGCAGUCAUGGAGUGGAGGAUCCAAAUUGUUGAAUCCAAGCAAAUAUGCAAAGUGUUUAGCCCUUGUACAAGGGAAAUUAUACUGUGGAUGCCAGGACAAUACUAUUCAGGAAAUUGGUUUAGACACCGGAACUCUCAGUACAAUUCAAACUGGAUCCAGGAAAUAUCUAGCGAAAGCAAGUCCCAUCUAUGCACUGCAUGUUCAUGAUGGGCUAAUAUAUUCGGCCAGCUCUUCCUUAGAUGGAGCAGCUAUAAAGAUAUGGAAUGCUUCGAAUUACAGUAUGGUUGGAUCGUUGCCAUCUACAUUGGAGGUGAGGGCCAUGGCUAUAAGCUCUGAGCUGAUAUAUUUGGGUUGCAAGGGAGGGAUUGUGGAAAUUUGGUGCAGAAAAAAACACAGUAAAAUAGAAACACUUCAAAGUGGUACUACUGCUAAAAUUCUAUGUAUGAGUCUUGAUGCCGAUGAAGAAGUUUUGGUGGUUGGAACAUCUGAUGGCGGAAUUCAGGCAUGGGGACUGACCUAAAUGAGGAUGAACCACAAGUUUUUCAUAUACACGGUUGCAGACUAAAAUCAUCAAUUGACAUUAUUUUGGGUUCUAGGAACUAGGAAUAAGCUUCUUCUCUGUUUGGGAGAUGUUCUUGGCAAAUUGUAUAUAUACAUAUUAUGACAACCUUUGUUGUUUCCGUCAUGGCCGUUAUAGGGCCUCUUUAUAUCCUUGUACAGAAUAACGUACAAAGAGCUUGAAAUUGUUGGAAAAAUAAAUUUGCUU